GGAGGAUGCCGCUGCGUAGGUGGUUUAUAGAUGAACUUCAUUUUGCAAUUCUGGUAUUUGAAAGGGAUGUUAUUGACUAUUCAAGACAAUAUAGUUCUGUCCAGGACUCUACACCAGGGAUAAGGACAUGGGACUCCUCCUGCCAGAUUCCAGAUGGUUCAUUACAACUGACAUCUUGGUUAACAACUGUGAAAAGAAACUUUGGAUUAUUUUAUUUUAUUUUUGUGGGAGACCACAAUCCCCAAACUGUAGAACAGAUCAGGCUCCAUAUUUCUUGUAGAAUUUUAAAAUAAUUUUUUCUAAUGAGGAUGUCUGAUAUUGUUACGGUAAAAGUUGAAACUGAUGCAAUGAAAGGUCCAGAAGCUGAAUUUAAAGAUACAGACCCAGUUGAAAACCUUAUGAAAUCAGAAAGUCAGGAGCAAAUUCAAGCAGAUAAGGAUGAAAAUUGUCCUGACAGCAAAAACGAUAUGCCGUGGCCAGUGCAGUCUUUUGGACAGACAGCAAAAAGGUCGAAGUCAAACACAAAGUUAAAGUUAGUUCGGAGCCUUGCUGUAUGUGAAGAAUAUCCACCACCUCCCACAGCUGAAAUAUCACAGGACCUCCAGGAGAAAAUCCAGAUCCAGUUAUCACAGUCUUUUGAAAAAGAAGAAAAGCCUGCAAAAGAUGAAACAGAAAAGGAAAAGUCAAAUGAUAAACUGCCCAGAAAAAUGUUAUCAAGAGAUUCCAGCCAAGAAUACACAGAUUCCACGGGCAUAGAUCUUCAUGAAUUUUUAGUAAAUACAUUAAAAAACAAUCCCAGGGACAGAAUGAUGCUGCUGAAAUUAGAACAGGAAAUUUUAGAUUUCAUUGGUAAUAAUGAAGUUCCAAGAAAAAAGUUUCCCCCAAUGACAUCUUACCAUAGAAUGCUGUUGCACAGGGUAGCUGCUUACUUUGGAUUAGAGCACAACGUGGACCAGAGUGGGAAGUCAGUCAUAGUAAACAAAACUAGCAAUACAAGAAUACCUGACCAAAAGUUUUGUGAGCAUAUAAAGGAUGAGAAGAGUGAUGAUUUUCAGAAACGGUACAUCCUUAAAAGAGAUAACUCUAGUUUAGACAAAGAUGACAACCAGAUGAGAAUACGAUUAAAAGAUGACAGAAGAAGUAAAUCCAUAGAAGAACGUGAAGAAGAAUAUCAGAGAGCUAGAGAGAGAAUAUUUGCACAAGAUUCCCUUUGUUCCCAAGAUAAUUAUCUUAUUGAUAAAAGAAUCCAGGAGGAAGAAACUAAUAGUACACAACAAAGGCGGCAGAUAUUUAGAAUCAAUAAGGAAGCAUCAGGGAGAUCAGCCAACAGCCAUCAGAGCAGUACUGAGAAUGAGCUGAAGUAUUGUGAACCCCGUCCCUGGAGCAGCACCGACUCUGAUAGCUCCAUCCGCAAUCUGAAGCCAGCUGUAACAAAAGCCAGCAGCUUCAGUGGGAUAUCAGUUCUGACAAGAGGCGAUAGCUCUGGAAGCAGCAAAAGCACAGGCAGGCUGUCUAAGACAGGUUCAGAGUCUUCUAGUAGUGUAGGGUCAUCCACGGGUUCUCUUUCUCACACCCAGCAGCCUCUUCCGGUGCCAGCUCUAAGCCAGCCUUCUCAUGGCACGCCUGCCGUCUAUCCAACUGUCAGCACUAGUAACUCUCUUUCCUUUGAUGGUGGCAUAAGUGGGCAAGUGGCACCUACUAGCACUAGCUUCUUUUUGCUUCCCUUGGAAGCGGCAGGCAUACCGCCUGGCAGUAUUCUGAUCAACCCUCAAACAGGUCAGCCGUUCCUUAACCCAGAUGGCACUCCAGUUGUGUAUAAUCCUCCAAUGCCUCAACAACCUGUUAGGACCCAAGUGCCUGGACCUCUGCAGCAGCCACCUCUUCCCCUCCCACCUCAGCAGCAGCCAGCAGCUAAUCACAUCCUGUCACAGCCUAUCCAGCCUCUGCAGCCUUCUUCGCAGCCUGUUCACUACUCUGCAGUCUCUUAUCCACCCCCGCUCCUGCCAGUCUCCUCUGCCCAGCAAUAUUCUGUGCAAGACAACCUAGGAUCACAAUUUAGCCAUAUGAGUCUUUCCUGCCAGCCAUCUGCUGAUCCAGCUGAACCUCACACCACUAUGUUCCAGUCCACUGUAGUCCUCCAGCCCCCGCAGCAGUCCGCUUAUGUCAUUGCAGCGGCUCCCCCACCUUCUGGCCAGCCAGUUUCUACUCCAGGCUACUCUACACCUAGCCACCCUGUCAACCAGCAGGUACUCCAGCAGCAGGGAUAUAUGCAGCAACCUGUGCCACAGGUGCCAGCUUGUUAUUGUACCCCCAGUCAGUAUUCACACUCCAGUCAACAAUAUCGACCUGUUACUUCUGUCCAUUUUAAUGCCCAGCAAAGCCAACCAUUGGCACAGCCUGGACAGCAGACAGGUUACCAAAUUUUGCCUAACCAGCAACAAAACUACCAGGGUUUAGUUGGAGUUCAGCAGUCUCAGAAUCAAAAUCUAGUCAGUGGCCAACACAGCAACAUUGGGAAUCAAAUUCAAGGUGUGAUUGUUCCAUAUCCUUCAGUGCCAUCUUAUCAGGUUUCGAUGCCUCAAGGUUCCAAAGCAGUGCCCCAGCAGACAUAUCAGCAGCCUCUUUUAAUUCCCAGUCAGUCAAAUCAAGGAUUGCCAGCAACAGGAAUGCCAGUUUACUACAGCGUCAUUCCAUCAAGUCAGCAGAAUAAUUUAAGUUCCUCAGUAGGAUAUUUGCAGCCUCCUGGAUCAGAGCAGAUACAGUUUCCUAGAACAUCAUCACCAUGCAACUCACAGCAGCUUCAAGGACAGCAAUGUGCAGUUUAUAGCAACCAUUCAAGUCAGAAGCCAUCACCUCCUACAUUAUUACCACCUUCAUCAAAAUCAAAGCCACAACAGGCUGCUUCCAUUGUGCACUACAGCAUAGUGUCUUCACCCUCAUCCUGUAAAAGUUCGCCCACUGGUCUUUCCAUCAUGCAGCCAAUAAAAGCAGUAGCACCACCACCAGGUGGAGGAGUAGUAAUGAUGCAACUAAAUAUACCUAACAAUCCCCAGCCUCGGAACCAUUCACCUCCACAGUGGAAACAGAAUAAAUAUUAUUGUGAUCAUCAAAGGGGGCAGAAGUCCACAGAAUUUAGCACUUUAGACGGUGCCACACAGUUGCAGCAUAGUCCUCAACUAGGUAGUCCUGUCACCUCACCGACCCAGUCACCAGCACCAGCUCAGCUGUCGAAUAUGAAGAACAUCCGUCCCACUUUAACACCUCUUUCUAUUGUGCCCCAGUUUUCUAGACCUUUUGUCCCUGGACAAGGAGAUGCCAGAUACCCAUUGCUUGGCCAGCCCCUGCAAUACAAUCCACCAUCUUUAUUACGUGGACAAGUAACAAGCCAACAGUGUCAGCCUGGAAACAGACAUGGAAACAGGGGAAAGAAGCCAGCAAAGAAGGCUGCUUCAGCAGAUCUUGGUGCUGGAGAACCAGGUAUAGAAUUGCUGAUUGACCCAGUCCUCCAACAGAAUGGAUUAAUCAGAACAGAGCAGAGACAGCGGACAUUUGUGGGAAAAGUUUUAGAAAUUACUGAACUGCCAGAAGGAAUAACUCGUAUGGAAGCAGAAAAACUAUUUGGAGAACUUUUUAAAGUUGGUGCCAAGAUUCGGUGGCUAAGGGAUUCCCCGUGUCUACAAACACAGCAGCAGCACCAUCGUCGUCACUGUGGCAGCGGAGAUAGUAAUGCGAACACUGAGCCAUCCAAACCUAGUGACUUGGCCUCCACUUACACGGUUCUAGCUACGUUUCCUACGAUGACGGCUGCUCAAAAUGCAUUGAAGAAACAAAGUAGUACCUCAGUUAACAAGUUCAGGCUGAGAACAAGCAAGAAGCACUACGACUUUCACAUUCUGGAAAGGGCUAGUUCUCAGUAGUAGUUACAUCAGUGGACACUCAGCCUUUACUACUUCCAUGUCCUUCUCUCCUUGAUUGGCUUGAUGUUAUGGGGUUUCUGCUCUCUUCAUAGAGACUCCUGGGAUGUUUUGUCAUAUGACAUUAGCUGUUGAAGAAUAACCCAGUGAUCCAGCAAGAUGAAGAAAAAAAAAAUACAGAGUUAAUCCCAGACAAUAGCAAGCAAUCAUCUUUGAGACAGAAAGGCAGCUUUCUAUAAGGAAUGCUGUUAAAAUGCCCCCUACUUUUAUAGUAGUUUUGUUUUAUAUUUCUAAAUUCUUGUAUCGGAUCCAAAGUUCUAUUGUACAGCAAACGUUCAUAACAAAUUCCCAUGUUCGGAUUUGUAUUUUAUAAUCCCUUUUCACAGCCAGCACACAGCUAUCCGCUCCAAGGGAGGAACCUGGGGGAGCGGGGCGGGGCGGGGCGGGGGGGGAGGAAGAGAACGUUUUCAAGGAAUUACACUCUGUUUUCUAGGAAACUACUCCAAGUCUUCAAGUUGACCUGUUCCUCUUCCCUUGUGUGUGUGUGUGUUUUUUUUUUUUUUUUUAAACAGUGUAAUUUUAGUAACUAGUUAAAUCCUUAGGUGUCUCUUUUCUUUUGAGAUUCAUUCAAGCAACGUCAAAAGAAAUUACAAAUUUGUGUGUACCCUUGAAGGAUUUGCUUCUGAUUCAACAAGUUUCAUAGGUAUAUAAAGGGGAGUAUGAAUAGAUUAGAAAGAAUGUUCACAGAAUCACAUUUUAAUAUUUCUUCUUUUUAGCAAAAGUGUGAAGAGACUAAAAUGUAUCUUCAGAAGUGACAAAACGUUUGCACUUUAAUUGUGUUCCCACCAGUAUGGAUCUUCCUCUUCUUUUUCACGCUAAGAUAAUUGUGUUUGAUAAGUGCUGGAACCCUCUUUAAUGGUUUAAGUUUUCAUCAUUUGCAGAGGAUCACUGGACAUCAAAGGACUCAUUGCACAUACAAAUGAGACAAGAAACCUUUUUUCAAUUUCUGUGUAAUUUGCAAGGCUGUACAAUGUGUGCUGAUGCAAGCCUUUUUCAGUUCAAGAAAAUAAAUGUUUACAAACACAAACUUUUUCAGUGCACUUGUUUAAACCUUUAGGAGUCUCCUGAAACCUGGAUGAACAUAUACUGAAGAGUUAGGAACCCUUUAAAUUUGAGAAAAGGGAAACUUUGAAAAGUUUGAAUAUUUACAGUGUUUUCAAGAACCACUGUUUCUGGUCCUUUUACUGAAGUAUUUAAGUUAUCCUCUCCUUUGACAUUUUUAAAUGCUUCCCUAUAUAAGUAAAAAGAGAAAGAAAUUGAUCAGAGACUGUAAGGGACUGCUCCUGUUUCUUAUUUUUAUCACAGGCACUCACGUGCUGUGCAUCAGUGAGUGAUGUGCUCUGUUCACUUGCAGCUGUAGUUUUGUAAAAGGUAAAUUUUGUAACUUUUGUAAGCCAGAAACUCAAGGUGUAAGUUAUGUUUUAAAACGUAUCUUAGAUGGGAAAAUAUGAAUUCAGUUGCCCAAACUAGCAUUAAUUUUAAUCUUGUGUACCAAAAAUUCUGACACUGAACAACCAAACAUAAACAUGUGAAGUGGCAAGAACUGUCCAAUGCAUAUUUAAUUCCUUCAUGCUUAACAUGAUGUAAGCAGAAUCAAAAUACUCAGAAGAAAACGGAUUUGCAUGGGAACACUGUAGCCUAAUGGAUUAGGCAGAUGAGACUUGAUUCUGCAAAAUGCUGUAGUGGCAAGUAUCCACGUGACUAAAGCUAAACUUGCGCUUAGAUGCUCUGCUGAAGCAGAGGUAAAAUGUUCAGCAUCAAGCCCUCAGUCAAAAGACAAAUCUAUUUAUCCUUGUCCAUCUUGCCAAUUCAAGUUCACUUGCUGCUCCUUAAAUGAAGAAUCCUACCUGAGGGAUAGAUAUAGUUCUGCCUCAGAUUGGACUGCUGUAGCUCACUGUGUCCAUGACCAAAGAUGAUCCAAACCCUGGGCUCUGCAGAUUAUGGUAUGCAGAGGGGAAUAUUAUAAAGAGAGAGAGAGAACAUCACUACCAAUCCACAGGCUCCAUCAUUCCCUCUUGCCAAAUUCCAGCACUAGCCCAAGAUUAUAGUUUUAAUCCUGUAAAAGAGAUUUAACAGACUAAAGGUCUAUAAUAACAGUUGCUCACAACCCAUAGAGACAGCUGCCUCCUGUAACUAACAAACUCCAUGACAAGAUUUGUUAUAGAAAAUGGAAUAGAUAUCGGACAGUUUCUAUCUAUUUUGAAUGACCUAAGAAGAGAGAACAACAAAGCCAAGUAUUUCCAGACGAUGCUGCUUGACUGACUUUCCUGUCAUAACCAAAGAAGAAAAUGUAAUGAGGAAAGAGGUAAGCAUGGAGAAAAUGGAAACAAUCCAAGCAAAAGGAGGGAAUGAAUGCAGUGAUUAUGAACAACUCCCAGGAAAUAUUUAAUUCUUACCAAGUUAAGUUGUAAAGUGGAGUGAAAGUUGUCCUAGGAAAAAAAAUUAUAUCCCUUAAUAGGUUAUUUGUAUUCUAAUCUUGAAUCUGAUACCCACCUACUAUUACUACCGGCAAGUUACCAUUUCUGAGCAUCUGUUUUUCUUUCCGUUAAAUAGGGGCAGUUACGUUUUUGACCUGGACGUAUUGCUGUGAGACGGGCAGAUAUUCACAGGAUUUUAGAAGCACCAAACGCCACCAGUGUCAAAAGCAAGCGCAAAAACUCAUACAUUUUUGUUUUAUAUUCUUUUGUUCGUUCCUAAUUUUUUGUGGCAUUUGGUCCUGUCUGUGGUAACUGAGCAGGGUUCAUGAGACGUUAGCUUGCAAACUCAUCUAACCAAGACCAACAGUACUUUCCUGGAUUUUACUAGUCUUUCUUACUGCUUUUCCCCCUUUUGGUUCAUCAAAACACACAAGCCCAGGGAUUACAUACAAAAACCGUGGAACUAGAUUUGUUCCGUAGAUUUGAAUCACGUUCUAGAAAGCAAGUAAGUGUACUUCAUGGCAUGAAAUAGACGUUGUAUGUAAAACUUGGGUUCUCAGGUGUUCUCAACUAGUGUUCUGGUACUAGUGUACUUGAGUUUCCUGUCUGUUACUUAACACUGUAGCCAUUUUUAAAUAAUGACAGAAGGAAUUAAGUGAGGAUUUACCUUAUAUUGCAGCAAUACACAUUUCAUUUGACUAGAAGCAUUUCUUAUGACUUUUAAAAGCUGAAGGAAAAACAAUGGAAGAAACAGAAAACACAAACAAAAUUGGUAAUUGCCUUGUACAAAGAAGGCUACUACUUCUUGAUUUUAACUUGUUAAUUAAUGCAGUAUUUUUUCUGUAUAAAAUGCCUUCCUGAACUUGUGAACGGAUUUAAUAUUAUUUGUGAUGGUAAACUGAAAAUGAUUGUUCAAAAUUAAGAAAAAUAGCCUUGUUUCUGGAAGCACUCAAAGACAUGCACAUGAGGUUGCGUUCAGGCAAAUCAUAACAGCACAGCUGAACAAUCUACUCUCUCUCCUCACUGCUGCCGCACUAAAGCCUCACGUUCUUUGUAAGCCUCACGUCCGGUAAGACUGGAUUGAUAAAAAGUGAAACGUAGAUAAUGUGCAUCUUGCCUCUUACCUGAAGCUUCUCACUGUGCAAAUUUAUUCUAUUUUAAUGUUGAAAUCCUUCUCUCUCACCCAUGCAUGCAAACUUGGAGGAAGAUGACCAUAAAAAGGAGAGCACUGGUUAUGAUUUCAGUGCAACAUCUACAAAGAAGGAAAUCUAGCACUGUGGUGGAGACUGAAGAAUCUAUAGCACGUAGGUGUUUCUACCUGUAAACAUCUCUAAUCUUGCUGGGCUUUUAAAAGACAGAGGCCUCUAUGUUGUGUUUCAAGACCCAGAUGGGCAUAGUGGCACAUAGAUGGGAAUUUAAUUUUAUCAAAGUAUGAGAAAAAUUGUUUAGCUUGAGGAAUCAAAAAAGGUACAUGCGUACCCAACAUGCCUUUCACAGUAAGACAAUUUUUUUUUUCUCUUGCACUAUACAAAUACCUCCGUAUCCUUUUCCCUCUCUACUGAUGCAAGCCAUGUCUCUCUCAAGGUGGAGUAAAUAGCCGUAUUUUCAUGCUUUGACACUUACUCGUGCCUUAAAACUUUGUAUUUGAUGUGCUGGUUGUUUUGAGCAAUCUCGAUGUUCUGUUGUUUGAGUUAAUCUUGUACUAACUUGUUUAGAUGUCCAGGAGGAAGUCAGAAUUAAAAUUACAACUAACUUUUGCAAAGAUA